GGUCUUGCGUCUUGCCAGCUGAGGCUGGAUUCUGUGAUAUCAGAUGAGGUCAACUACUAACGACGAGCGAACCUCAGCCGUCAUGCGAGUCCUCCACUCCCCUUGCAGACUAUCUGAUAUCGACCAUCAAUACGAAGUUACUCCGUAGUAGACUUGGGAAUCAUGGAGCGAUCGUCCCAAGCUACGCGAGACUGGAUGUCCCUCGAGAUAAUCUCGACCAAGUCUCCAGCCUGUCAAUCUUCCUCCUUGGAAACUUCCCCUUAUCUUCAAUAUGAAGACCGCCGCUCUCAUCGCCGCUCUGACUGCCGCUGGCCUGGUCCCCGCGGCCCCGAUGUUGCAAAACCAGCCCAAUAACAACAUGCCCACCAACGAUAACGCCCAGAUCAAUUCCCACUCGUCCAACAACAUCGCCCAGCCGGUGGCCGGCUUCAACAACCACCGCCGUGGCUUUGGUGUUCCUCAGGGACAGGGCCUGCCCAGCAACAACAUGCCCACUAACAACAACGCCCAGACGAACACCGGCCAAGAGAACAACAUUGCCAUGCCCGUCGCUAACUUCAACAACCACAAGCGUGGCUACGGCGAGCCCACCAACAACAUGCCCACCUCCGAUAACUCUCAAAUGAACAGCGCUUCGAGCAACAACAUCGCCCAGCCGGUGUUCAACGCGGACAACCACAAGCGCGGCUUCGGCUUCCCCCAAGGCGAGGGUUACGGCCAGCCCACCAACAACAUGCCCACCUCUGACAACGCUCAGACAAACAGCAACUCGGCCAACAACAUCGCCAUGCCCGUUGCCAACUUUAACAACCACAAGCGCGGCUACGGCGCCCCUGAGGGCCAGGGCGGCCUCCUCAACAACCUGCCCACCAGCAACAAUGCCCAGACAAACUCCCACUUGGCCAACAACAUCGCCCAACCGGUGUUCAACUCCAACAACCACAAGCGUGGCUACGGUUUCCCUCAGGGCCAGGACGGGCCUAUCAACAACUCGCCCACCUCAAACAACGCCCAGACAAACAGCAACUCGGCCAACAACAUCGCCAUGCCCGUUGCCAACCUCAACAACCACAAGCGCGGCUUUGGUUACCCUCAGGGAUAUGGCGGCUAUGGCCAGGGCUACGACCAGCCCACUAACAACAUGCCCACCUCCAACAACGCCCAGACCAACACCAACCAGGAGAACAACAUCGCCAUGCCGGUGACCAACGCCAACAACCACAAGCGUGACCAGCCCACUAACAACAUGCCCACCUCCGAUAACGCCCAAACCAACUCCCACUUGGCCAACAACAUCGCCCAGCCCGUGGCCAGCUUCAACAACCACAAGCGCAACGGUGGAUACCCCGUCCAGGGUCAACCCCAGGGCCAGCCUCAGCCCCAGCCCCAGCAGCCCCAGCCCCAGCCCCAGCAGCAGCAGCCCUACGGCUCCCCUGACUACGGCUACGGCGGCUACGGCUACCCCAGCCAGGGCCCGACCAACAACAUGCCCUCGUCCUCCAACAGCCAGUACACCAGCAGCUCGACCAACAACAUCGCCAUGCCCGUCGCCAACAUCAACAACCACAAGCGCAGCACUGACGGCCCCGUCAACAACUCCCCCGUCAACACCAACGAGUCGACCAACAUCAACGAGUCCAGCAACGUCGCCGCCCCCGUCACCAACAUCACCAACGACGGCAAGGAGCACACCGUCGUCCGCCCCGUCGUCCCCGAGCACGACCGCUCCAACUCCUACCACUCUGAGAAGCACACCUACUACAAUGGCAAUGUGCGCGAGCCCCAGCACCAGAAGGUUGAGGCCGAGGCCGAGGCCAAGAUCGAGAAGAACUAAGUUCCAAGCUGGGAAUGUAUACUAUCGACUGUGUACUAUUUGACUGAGGGGAUGUAAUGAUGGAGGUGGAUGUACUUUUAAGGAGGAAGUAUUCGGUGUAUUCUAUUGUAUUUUAUCUUGUCGAUUCACUCUUUAUUUUACCCACUGUACAAUGGCAUAAU